GAAAACAAUGCUGUUACAAAACAUGGCGGACGUUUUCACAAUCAGGAUAAAAGCACUCCGAACAGGAAUAUCGGCUUGUGAAUUCAACAUGCAUCGACUUAUCCGUCAAGAAAUGUGUUUAUCCAUUAUAUAUUCGUUCUUGUAUCGUGGAAUGGCCAGCAAACAGCUGUCUUAUAUUUUCACGUAGACGAUGUUCAUGUUCCCGAGCAAGUGUUCAUGGUUAAACUGCUGAGGAUGCAAAAACGACCGUCAUUCAGUGCAACCAAAGAUGAGAUUUGUGAUGUUCAAAAUGAACCUAUUGUGCAAAAGUUGUUCGAGGAUGCGAUAGAAGUUUUGCGUCUUGCUGGAGCGUAUGAAAAAGAUACUGUUGAGUUCUCAAGUACUGAAGUGAGUCAUCAAGGUAUUCAGCAAGGAUUUGGACGAGAGAAGAAACAACUGGAGCAAAACAAUGGAAAACGAGCAAAGAAACCAGCAGCUAUAACAAAAUCGAAAAGAAGAAAACUAGAAAGAGUGAAGGUCCCAGUUACUACCUUGAAAAAAACAAAGCAAGUUGAAGUUCCAACAGAAGAAGAGCAAGAGGGUGCAGUACAGAGGAUGUUGAAUUAUAUCUACCAGAUGCCUGCCCAAGAAACCUUCAAACCUCCUGCUCUACCAUAUGUCUCAUUUACAUCGGAUGAAGCUGAUGAAUGUGAGAAUACCACCAACGAUGAUCCAAACUCCUGUGAAAGCAUUCAAGACUACACUUACUUAUCAAAUGAAAAAGACAUUGCUUUGUGGAAGAUGCUGGUUGCCUCACCAACCAACUGCAAUGUUUUUGUGGGGGGCUUGGACCAUGGUGUGACAUCAGAAAUCUUACAUGCUGCAUUUGAAGUCUUCAGUUUAAACGAAGAAGACAAAGCUGCGAUAAAGACUCAUGUGGUGAUGGAUGUUGUUAGAUGUCAGUCAAAAGGUUAUGGAUUUAUAUCAUUUCCUUGCAGAAGAUCAGCUGAGUUAGCCAUGAUAUGUAUGCAGGAUUUUGAAAUCUAUGGUCGUGCUAUGCAGUUGGGCUGGGGACAAGAAAACAGAGAUGAACAGCCAUCGAAUAGUGAAUGCUUCAGAGAAACCAAAAUAAGCCAAAAGCAGUAUGAAAAGAAGGAGUCUCCCUUGAGGACCCUGGCGAAACCAAAAGGAGACAUCGUUUCUGAUACAGUAUAUUGCAAUGAAAAGGAGUUUGCACUGAAACCAGUUUUAAAGAGACGCUCUUCAAGGUGGGACCAAGAAGUAUCUAAAAGGUAUAAAAGAAUUGGUGAAUCAGCGAAACUUGGUCAGUCACAAGGAGAACCAAACCAGGAAAACAAAGAAGAGAGUUUAUUGUCAGAAGAACGUAAUCCCAUCUCACUACAUCACGAGGAGUUUGGCACGAAAGAAUCUAGUUCAGAGCAGGAAGAACAUACAACAUCUGAUCCGCUUUCAGUGAACAAACACACUAAAACGCAGCCAGCGGAGAACAGAAUAAUACUUGUACAUGGAAAUGAGAUUAACUGUAGUCCUGCUGUUAGCACAAGAAACCAGCUCAGCGUUAAACUAGACGACGAAACUGAUUUUCUGAGAGUUUCGAGUCAUUCGAGUUUGGAUAUGAAAGGGACACAUAGCGAAAAUGAACUUUUACCUUCUCUGUUCGGAGAAGGGCAAGAUCCAAAUGAAAUUAGUGUUACUGCAAAUGACAAUGGAGUCGACAAGAGGAGUUCAGCCGAUGAACGGGAAACUUUGUGUGAAAAAGCUAGCCACAGUGAUCAGAAUCCAAGAAGAGCGAUUCAGUGGCUUACACAUGACCAGAAAGUCGCAAUGAUAAAGUCCGUUUGUUCAAAGCUUCGCGCUCGUGGGGUACGAGGCCAUCUGGGAGUGUUUGGUUUUCUUUACGUGGCUGAUAACAGUCGACUGUAUGUAGUGUGUGCUAAACAUGUGACACAGACACAGCUGCUUGACGAGUUUAAAGUGUUUGGGACUGCGGAGGUUAAACUGAACUGCGAUGUGAAUGGAUUUUCUAAGGGCUGUGCCUUUGUUCAGUACACGGACAGUGUCAGCGCAGAAAGGGCAAUAAAACAGCUCCAUGGAAAGGUCAUUGGCGGUAUGCCCAUUAAAGUGAUGGUGGCCGAACCCAAAGUUCGCAAAGGAUCAUGGCAAAAGAAGACUGUGAUGUGACCGUGGUCUUGUCAAAUAACUGCAUACACUGGCUUCUCUUGGAAUCCAAAUUCAAUAUGGAAAUGCUGUUCUGGAAGUAUUGGCCAGUAAAGAAAUUAAUGCAAUGACUAGCAAGACUGAUUACAUACUGGUUUCUGGGACAGAAGGGUACAACUCCCAAAAGAGACAGGGGUGGUCAUCUUAAAAUAAAAAAAAUAGGUGCUUGCUCAGCUUGUUUAAACCUCAAAUGACAAACAAAAAUUUAUCCUGGUUCAUGGAAACAAAGUACUUGUGUGCAAAAUCCCAACAGCUGUAUGUUGUUUAAGAGUACCAGUAACUCUUUCAAAACUACAAGUAGCUGGUGCGAUUUUGUUACCUCUUAUCAAUACCAAAAAUGACUUUGAGGCCAUGUCCACAAAACAACACUGUGAUACAGUUUAGGUUUUCUUUCCAUAAACUUUUAGCUAGAUCACCUGUGAAAUCAUCACUUAAAACAACCAAAUAAACAAGACAAUGGAUGCAUUUACAGUGAUUUACUAGUAAAUUAAAAAAUCAAAGUUUAUAUUUUUGUAUUUUCUAUCUGUUCUUAUCAGAGACAUUUGCCCAUUAUUAAAUGGUACAUGUGUA